AUUCAUUCACACUCAGCAGUGAUCAUGUAGCCUGCAGUAUACACUGUAAUCCUAGUAAAUAAUACUCAUCAGUAUUGACUUCUUUAUUUUUCGGUUUCAAGAAAGACGAGAGACUUUCUGAUGCAUUAACUCAUCUUGAGUCAUUUAGGGUCUGAUUUGUAAAUAUUUAAUUGUCUAUUUUUAUUUUUAUUUUUAUUUCAUGUCUUCAAUUGCUGGACAAGAAGAAAUGGAUAUAAAGUCUCUUGUAGCCGGAGGUCGAAAUGUGUUGUGCUUGUUUGAUGUGGACGGAACGCUGACACCCCCGAGAGAGAAGAUCGACCCUGAGCUGGACGAUUUUUUCCAGGCCUUGAGAAAGAAUGUGAAGAUCGGCGUGGUGGGCGGUUCAGAUUAUUCCAAAAUCGCAGAACAACUCGGAGAAGGAGAUGAAGUCAUACACAAGUUUGACUACGUCUUCGCCGAAAAUGGAACCGUGCAAUACAAAGAUGGCAAACUCAUCUCUAAACAGGCCAUUCAGAAUCAUCUGGGUGAAGAGUUACUGCAGGACCUCAUCAACUUUUGUCUCAGCUACAUGGGGCUCAUCAAACUACCCAAGAAACGAGGGACAUUCAUUGAGUUUCGUAACGGCAUGAUCAACAUCUCACCCAUCGGACGCAGCUGCACGCUAGAAGAACGAAUCGAGUUCUCUGAAAUCGACAAGAGAGAGAAGAUACGAGAGAAGUUUGUGGCGGCUCUGCAGAAGGAGUUUGCUGGAAAAGGCCUGCGGUUCACCAGAGGGGGUUUGAUCAGUUUCGACAUCUUCCCGGAGGGCUGGGACAAACGCCUCUGUCUGGAAGUCCUGGAGCAGGAUGGACUGGAAGCCAUCUACUUUUUUGGCAAUGAAACUUCAUUGGGUGGAAAUGACUACGAGAUCUUCGAAGACCCUCGUACCAUUGGCUUCACCGUCCGCUCCCCUGAAGACACAGCGCGGCUCUGCAGGGAGAUGUUCUUUAAGGCUCCACCCAAUGAGGCGUGAAAGCAUCUGCAUGCACCUGCACGUACACCAGACUGCCUGUGUGCAGCGCUACUGCGCCCACUGCUGGUCACUGUGGGUAAUGCAGUCUGCUGCACUGAGCCUGAGAACCAGCUGACAUGGAAGCAAAACCAAACCACUGCUGAUCCACAGACUAAAUGGACAGUGUGUAAAUAUCACUGACGGAGCCUCAUCAGCGUGUUCAUAGUUUUUUACAUUUAAAUAGUUUCAAAUGUAAAUUUUAAAUCUAAAUAUUUACCCUCUUUUUAUAAUAAAAGCUGUUUUACUGUGCCCACGUUCACACCGCAACAUUUCCGGAGUGACACCUGUAUGUAAAAUACAAUGAAUCCACUGAAUGAUGCACAGGACACAGGACUCACUCCAGAAGACACAGUGCAGUGUUUGACAUCUCAUAGCUGUGAACUUAAAACAUGGAAGCCAACCAUUUUAACUCAACUUUUUCAAACCAAAGUAACAUUAGCUAUCAGUUAUUAGUAAGAGGCAUUUGUGUUUGUUUACCUAGUGUGCUCCAUCACGUAACGGUGCUAAUUUAGUUGAAUUAAAUAAUUAAAUUUUUCAAGGAACAAGGAAUUGAGGGGAAUAAAAAAAAAAAGAAAUGUUGUAUUUACAAUUUAUGGUAAAAUAAUGCAUUUUAACUGUUGUACUUUAAAGUAUUCGUACAUCCACUCUUAAUAUGCCAAAAACUGCUCCUUUAAUGUUUCUUGUCUCGCCACACUGACAAUUACAUAGCCGCAAUGAUAUCUUUACAGUCCAAAACUGCGAAGUGUGACAAAAAGUUGAGUAGUUUGCAUACCUGGAUAUUUGGUCAUUUAGCUUUUCUGUCGUACAACAGUUGUCGGAUAUUAAAUUUUCUUCUAUCAUUAAAAUUUAAGCGUAGCGCUGGACUUCCCACUCGGCUUCUUUGAACGCUAAACCCUAUCAGAUGUCAAAUAGAUGUUUAUUAGAUGUCUUUAAGAUGUUUAUUAUUCAGAAUGUAUGUAAAACUGACAUCUUACAGACGUCUGUCAGAUGUUUGUAAACAGCAGAUGCUUUCCAGAUCAAGCGAUCUUUAACAGACAUCUUACAGACAUCUUUCAGACGUAUGUGUGCUAUCUGGGUCAGAUGAGCCGUCGGUGUCCAAAACAGUUAAGCGUUUCAUUUCAGUGGUGUAUCAGAUUUAAUACAAAUGCUUCUGGCACUGCAUUAAGUGUUCAGGAGUUAAUUUGUGUAAACGGACCCAAUCAAGGAGUGACAUUGGAUCUGCGGUGUGAACGUGACCCCUGUUUCUGACCAAUCGCAACGUGACUAUAGGUCUGUUUCAUGUUAAAUUCAAGUUUGAUCUUAUUUACUGUCGCAGUUGAUUUGAGAUGUGAGAUGUUUGUGCUUAGUUGAAUGUGGAUUGUUCAUCGCUGUUCUGUGCUCUCGGACUGGACUCUGAGAUAUUUACAAGAUUAUGACAAUUGUGCAUAUUUAAUGGUCUGGAGCUACGUGUUUGUUUAGUGAGAGGAUCUGAGAUUGAAACAAUACAAUCUCAUCAGAUUUGACACUAAGUUAAUUAAUAGUUGAUUGAUUUGUCACAUCGCUCUCUUUUAACAUGGUAAAGAAUCUGUUUAAAUGUGAUAUUUACAUUCCAGACAGAAUCCGCGUCGUCGCUGAAACACUCCCAUUGAUCCCUGAAAACUUGGUGCUGAUCCCAUAGAUUUCCAGGGCAUUGUAAGACUUUUUUUUUUUUUUUUUAAACUGGACAGCAAGUAUUUCUAAUUCAGAAUCCAUUAUUGAUCUCAUGCUAUGAAUAUGGCUUCAUAUCUGAUGGCAUAUGCACUUUAACUUGAGUUGAUUCAUAUCAAAAAUUACACUAAUGAUGUAAACAGUGCCGGAUUAAAGAAAUUAUGUGAGCUUAAUAUUAAACAAACUCAUUUAUUGAGUAUCUCUA